UCUUGGAUGACAUAAAUGGACGGAUCAAAUCAGCAACGGUGCAAUCUCGUGAAGAAGUUCAAACCCAAAGAAUCCGCCGUACAAUGAAUGAAAACCCCGUAGCAUUUUUUGCUGGGCUCAGUCAACAUUUCACCCAUAUGGGAGCGCACCAACCGAUUACCUUUGAUAAUGUGAUAACAAACAUCGGUAAUGCUUACAACAGUCAUCUUGGUUCCUUCAUUGCCCCAGUGUCUGGUACAUACGUCUUCUCUACUACCCUCUUCUCUAUUUACAAGGAAAGCUACCACGCGCAAUUCACUAAGAAUGGACAUGCUAUUUCCACAAUAUAUCUGAGUGCUUCAGAAAUAUCAGGAUACGACACAGCGUGCCAAACUAUCAUUCUAGAAUUACAGAAGGGUGAUGACGUCACCGUGCAAAACACUGACGCAGACAAAAGAGUACACGGCUUGAACCACAGCAUAUUCUCUGGUUUUCUGCUGCAGGAAGAUAUUUCGAGCUCGGUCAUCGUCGGGAAAUGAAAUACCAGUUUAUUGAUAUGUAAUUCUUACAUUACGUUCAAUAAUAUCAAUCUUUGAA